AUGUACAUUUCCUCAUUUAUGUUCUUGUCUCAGGAUGAAUUAAAAAAAUUUUUGAAAGCUGCCGAAUGCAAACUUGUGGUGGUUGAAUUCUCAGCCAAAUGGUGUGGUCCAUGCAAAAAGAUUUAUCCUAUUGUUCACGAGUUGGCUCAAACUUGUAACAUCAAAGCAAUACCUGCAUUUCAGAUGUACAAGCAAACCCAAAAGGUAUGUGUCCAUGGUAACUGGCAGAGUUGAAUUAGAUUAUAGAACCACUAGAGUCUUAAAAAAAAAAAGAUUGAGUUAUCCUGGAUGACUGAAACAAUUGUACUUAUUUUUAAUCCUUAGUAAUGUUAUUCUUAGUUUCUGAACUUUACAACAAGUAGAAAAAACACACGAAUUAUAAUAAAUCUCCCCAUUCAGACCACCUGAGGCGUCCAUAAGAAAUGCAUAAGAAAUAUCCCACUAUUAUCUCUAUCUGUGGCAGAACCAUUCAAAAAGAAUCUUACAAAAAAGAAUAUGAUGAAAUUCUCACACAAAUGUAUACAAGUUGUUAACAGUACUCGGAGAAAUGUUAAUCAAAAACUAUCACAAGGCAAUAUAGCCUGGUGGUUGACCAUGCAGACUCUGGAUUUUCAUGGUUCAAAUUCCAGAUCUACCUUUUCCUAGCAGUUUACUUAACAAUCUCAUUGUUUCUUAAUUUCUCUGUCUAUAUAAAACAUGGAUCAUAACAAGUGUUUUCCCCUUACAGGGUAGUUGUGAGAAAUAAAUGAAUUCACAUGUCUAAGUUUUUAGACACAUUCUGGCACACAUUAAAUGCACAGUAUGGUAUGACAGUUGUUUCCUUGAAGAUAUUAAUGGAGCAAAAUGUCCAAAAUACUUGGUAUGUGAUGAAACUGGUAAUUUUUCAAUAGAAACUAUUGCUGGGAGCAUUGACAAUUGUAUGUACCUUAUGAAAGGUGAUUUUGCAGCAGUUAAGAGAAACAAACAUUUCAUUCCCUGUCACACAAUUAUUCCAUUCUUGGGAACUUUUGUCACAGAAAUACCUCAAGAAAAAAUAAACAACUAAGUAUAUAGUAACUGUAGCGUUCUUUCUAACAAAAUAUGGAAGGAAGCUAAAUGCCAUUUUUUAGUAGAAUGGCCAGAUGAUUUAUGAUACAUCUACUCUGUGAAAUAGUAUGUAAUUAAAA